UGAAGUUAUUCGCUCUAUAACAACAUGCAAGUCAAGACGUAUCUGGUGAUUCUUUUGCUGGGUUUUUGUCUACCCAAAUCAGAGACAACCAAGCCUACAAUUCCAUGCAGAGGUUCAAAAACAACUGAAACCACAAUUAAACCACCUAAACAAUGUGAAUCGAACAAGAUGAUUACAAAUCCAAUCACCAAAAAACAACCUAAAGCAAACAAAAAAAUAAAUACACCUAAAACAAAAAUUGAUUCGCCAUGUGAAUCGGACAAAAAGAUUAGAACUCAAAUCACAAAGAAACCACCUAAAGCAAGUGAUUCGGGAAAACAAGACGGCAAUAAAAUGAACACACCUAGAAUUGUUAAAUUUAAAGGAUUGGAGCUUCAAGAGGAAUUGAACACAACUGAUUUAAGUGAUCCUUCAAAAAAUUAUAAUCUAAUGAGAAGAUUUGAAGAAUUGAAAUCUUACGCCACAGUUGGUCUGCUUUAUCCACGUGAAUCGGAGACACGAGAAGUGCGCAGUCUAGACGGAAUAUGGCAAAUGCUUAAAGGUGAACCCCAUGGUCCUUUUCUGGGCGUAUUUGAGGAAUGGUAUAGACAGUCCCUGAGGCAAACAAAAUUAAAGCUUAUAAGUAUGCCUGUGCCUGCUUCCUACAACGACAUCACCACGGAUAAAGAAUUAAGAGAUCAUGUGGGAACAGUCUGGUAUGAGCGAAACUUUUUUGUGCCCACCACUUGGCAAAAGGAUCGUCACAUCUGGCUACGUUUUGGCAGUGUUAACUAUGUGGGUUUAGUAUGGGUAAAUGGUGAGCAGGUUGUUUUCCAUGAGUUUGGACAAUUACCCUUCGAAGCGGAUGUAACGAGACAUCUGAAAUUUGGAAAAGAGAAUCGUUUGACUGUAAUGUGUGAUAAUCGACUCUCUAAGACCACCAUUCCACCGGGUCAAGUUAUCACCGAAGAAAUAACUGUGUCUGGUAAAGUCUUAACUCAGAAAAGUAGAUUGGAUUUCUUUAAUUAUGCUGGCAUCCAGAGAUCCGUUCAUCUCUAUACCACUCCCUUGAACCAUAUUCACGAUAUAGGUAUAACCACAUCUUUAAAUGAUAAUGCAACCAAGGGACGAAUAGAAUUUUGUGCUUUGAUUAACGACAAGGAAAACGAACCCAUUCCAGAGUCCUUAAUUGAUGUUAAACUAUUCGAUCGCGAUGACAAUGAGGUAAAGAUAACAAAGAGUCUGAAUGCAAAUUGUUCUCAGAAUUUUGUGGGUAUGGUUGUAAUAGUAGACAAUGUGAAUCCUUGGUGGCCUUAUCUUAUGCAUCCAGAGCCUGCUUAUCUUUAUAAAAUGAAAGUGGAAUUAUACGAUAGGAAAAAGAAGCUACUUGAUGCCUAUAGACUGCCCGUGGGCAUACGUCAGAUCGAUUGGAAUAGCACUAGUUUGAUGAUCAAUGGCAAACCAAUAUAUUUCCGUGGUUUUAGCAAGCAUGAAGAGUCGGAGAUACGUGGCAAGGGAUUGGAUUAUCCCUUGAUGACACGUGAAUUUAAUCUCUUAAAAUGGAUUGGAGCCAAUGCCUAUCGCACUUCUCAUUAUCCCCAUUCGGAGGAAUCAAUGCAAUUUGCCGAUGAGCAAGGCAUAAUGAUCAUAGAUGAGUGUCCGGCUGCAGAUAUGUACAGUUUUGAUAGUGACAAAGUCUUGGGAAAUCAUUUGUAUGCCUGGAAGCAAUUGACUCAUAGAGAUCGGAAUCAUCCCAGUGUUAUUGCCUGGUCCAUUGCAAAUGAAGGGACAUCCUACGUUAAAGGUGGUUCUGACUACUAUAGAGAAUUAAUUACCUAUAUUCAUACCAUUGCUCCAAAUCGUCCCAUAACUGCAGCAACAAAUUGUGAUCCGGAUCAACCAAGGGAAUGCCAAUUGGCUCAAUAUUUGGAUAUCAUUGGGCUAAAUCGCAAUGCUGGUAAAUCAAGUAAAAUUGUUGAAAAAUGGCAUAAGGUUUUUAAUAAACCCGUUCUGACACUCGAAUAUGGUGUAGAUAGUUUAGAGGGUUUAUAUAUGUUACCAUGGUCUAUAGGAUCAGAGGAGUAUCAUGGUGAAAUAUUUAUUCAGCAUUUCAAAGCUUUUGAUCAAUUGCGUCAAAAGGGAUGGUUUAUAGGCGAAUUUGUUGACAGUUUUACCGAUUUAAAGAAAGAUCGAGCCUUCAAUAAAAAGGGCGUUUUUACAAGUAAUCGUCAACCCAAAAUGGUGGCUCAUCUUUUGCGACAACGUUACUUUGCCCUGGGCAAGGAGUUGGACAAUUCAACCAUACCCAAAGAUCUUUAUCCUUAUGUCACUGCUACGUUUGGCAAACAUGAUGCAAGUGAAUUGUAG